CUCCACCAAUCAGAGACGACGCCGUGAUACUCUAGGAUUAUGGGUGGUGUAGUGAAUAAACAGUGGCAAUCUUAAAACGAGGUUGUUUAAGGUUUUGGUUUUAUGCCACAUUUUAUUUUCGAUACCAAUAUUUAGCUGUCACUCUGCUGCUCCAGUCCUAUACCCCGCAAUGGAUUGUGGGAUGUGUAGUUCUUUAACUCUGGAAACAAUAUGUAUAUACUCUUUUACCUCUGCCUUUCCUCAGUUUUUUAAAGCCGUUCUUACGCCGAAUUUAAUGUUUUAAAAUCACGAGUAUUGGAGUAGCUGACUGUCAUGGUAACAGGCUUCAAUCUCUUUGAAUAAAUAUUUUGUGAAAUGUCAGUGGAGGAUUUGACUGGUGGAAAAGUACUUCCGGAACCAGAGCCGCCGAAAAAGCGGGCAGUCACUGUUGAGCUCUUUUAUGAGAACAGUCCAGUGCGCCUGCGCGGUUUACCGGACAAGAUGGCGACCAGCAAUGGUGGAGGAAUGGAAGUGGAUGGGGCAGCCGGCCCCAGCGUCAUGGCAGCAGGGGUCACUGGGAGUGUGUCUGUAGCUUUACAUCCUCUGGUCAUCCUCAACAUCUCUGACCACUGGAUACGGAUCCGCUCUCAAGAGGGACGACCGAUGCAGGUGAUUGGAGCUCUGAUCGGGAAGCAGGAGGGCAGGAACAUCGAGGUGAUGAAUUCCUUCGAGCUGCUGUCUCACACCAUAGAUGAGCGUGUGCAUAUCGAUAAGGAGUACUACUACACCAAGGAGGAACAGU